GUAAUUAAAGUCAAAUAUUUUUAACAUCAGUAUGUUUUACUUCCUUCUAAAUUUAGCUUGCAAAUGCAAAAUAAUCCAGUUCUUCCACACUUGACGAGCUCAUCAGUCGUUUUCCUCUGUCUACUGGCAGGUGGCGCCGUUAUGCCAGCCCUUGUCGCAUAGAAACGGCAGCUUCACAUAAUCUUUUCAAGUAGGAUGAACCUUCUCCUCCUCCUCAUCAUCGUUGUAGCUAGCCAGACAGCAAGCUAAGUAGGGGUUGCUACGGUUGGGGGUCCACAAAAAUAAUCAGCCAACACCUAGCUAAUGGAAAUACUGCCUUGGUGACAACCUUUGACGUGUUUUUGUCACCUUGUGCCCAUUUCUGUUUAUAACGGAUUGUUGGACCAAGAGAUGUCUGCUCCGCGUUUUACGAACCUUAACACGUCUGUCGGUUACAGCUUGAACUCAACGCCGAAUGGAGGAUCAGCACCCCCCUAUCAGAAUGGUCCGGUAGGACAGACCUACACGUCCACACAUUCAUCAACAGGGUACUAUGGAGUCAGUCCUCAUGAGCAGAGCUACCCCGCCGUUCCAGGAAACUGUGCCCCCGCUCCCCGAAAAUCUCAUAUUACAAACAAUGACCACAGUGCUUACUACCACCACAACAGCUACCAGCAGACCAUAGGGGCGCCUACUGUACCCUCUGGGUACGGGGAAACCCCACCCCACCACCCAGCCUCCCAGCCCUAUGGCGUCCCAGCCCCGGCUGCCCCCCCAAACCACCAGCAUGCACCAUCGUUCCAACAGCCGGCCCCCUACACUCCUCCGGGGGCCUACUAUGGACAGCGGCAAUACCCCACCUCCCAAGUGCAGCACCACCCUCAGCAGCCGACCUUGGUGUCGGCACCGCCCGUUGGCCCGGGCGCCCCCAUGUACCCCAUCGUCUCGUACCCCUCUGCGCCGGGAAGCAGCCAGUACGGCACGUUGCGAUCGUCCCGGGCUCCGACCGACUCGGGGGCCAUUCCCAACCUGAUGGGCGCUCCCCUACACCAGUAUCCCCCCGGGAAUGGCCCCACUGAAUCGGCAGCGGUCUCCCCUGGCUAUAGUGUGGCUCCAACCAGCCAACAAGCCACAGUCAACGGUCAGGUUAAUGCAGUCCAAGCUCCAAUCCUCCAGCAAUAUGAUCAACGCUGCCAGGCAGUCAAGGCCCAAGACCCCCCAGGAGGACAAGUCCCGCACCACACCAGGACCACCAAGGGAGACGGGCCGCAGCCAGGAAACCCCAUUGCUUCAGUCCAUUCCUCCCCGGGGCAUCAGCAAGGCAUGCGCUAUGGAUUUGUAGCCAAUAGUGAAGCUAGCUCUGCCAACGCUGCCACCAACGCUGCCCCUUCUUCAUCCAGCUCUGAUGAGGAAGACGAUGAGGAGGAGGAGGAUGAGGAAGCAGGUGGUGACAGUUCGUCCACCACCACUGACAGUGUGUCCCCGGUUCCCAACAGCUAUGACUCUCUGGAGGGCGGCAGCUACCCAGAGUCUUCUGUUCCUCCCUCCGUCGACGAGGCCAAACAGGCCCCGCCCUUCGGCUACGGUUACCCGAGCAUGCAGCCGGCCUAUCAGCAGGGGCCGCCCCCUAGGACAGACUCCUCCCCCUCCCACUGCGGUUACAACCAAACUGGGUACCAGCAUCUGUCACAGCCCUUUCCCAGCAUGUCCCAACUGUCGGCGGCGCUUGGGGGUUUGAGUGGGGUUCCAGAGCUGGAGGUGGAGGCGCUACGGCCCGUCAACCUGCUGCAGGAGAGGAACCUGCUGCCCCUUCGGCCCCUGGAGGCCCCAGAACCCCACCUCAGUGCCGACCUAAAGAAGGCCAACUGUAGCCCAAACACGUUCAGGUGUACCCUGACCAACAUCCCUCAGUCCCAGGCGCUGCUGAACAAAGCCCGGCUUCCGCUGGGCCUGCUCCUGCACCCGUUCAGAGACCUUUCCCAACUACCAGUGAUCACGUCCAACACCAUAGUGAGAUGUCGCUCGUGCCGGGCCUACAUUAACCCCUUCGUGUCGUUCCUGGACCAGAGGAGGUGGAAGUGCAACCUGUGCUACCGGGUCAAUGACGUUCCCGAUGAGUUCAUGUACAACCCGGUGACGCGCUCCUACGGGGAGCCCCACAAGAGGCCCGAGGUGCAGAACUCCACUGUCGAAUUCAUUGCCUCUUCUGAUUACAUGCUCCGGCCCCCUCAGCCAGCCGUGUACCUGUUUGUUCUGGACGUGUCCCACAACGCGGUGGAAGCCGGCUACCUGCAGGUCUGCUGUCAGACCCUCCUGGAGAACCUGGACAGGAUGCCCGGGGACACACGGACCAGAGUGGGCUUUGUCACCUUUGACAGUACCAUACACUUCUACAACCUCCACGAGAGCCUCUCACAGCCCCAGAUGCUGGUGGUCUCUGACAUUGAUGAUGUCUUCAUCCCAACACACGACAGUCUUCUGGUGAACCUGAAGGAAAGCAAAGAGCUGGUCCGGGGCCUGUUGACAGCGCUCCCUGGGAUGUUUUUCCAGACCAGGGAGACUCACAGUGCCCUGGGCCCGGCGCUGCAGGCAGCCUACAAGCUCAUGUCUCCCACCGGGGGGCGUGUUUCCCUGUUCCAGACCCAGCUGCCUACGCUUGGGCACGGCCUGCUGCAGUCCCGGGAGGACCCCAACCAGAGGUCCACCACCAAGGGGGUCCAGCACCUGGGUCCGGCCACAGACUUCUACAAGAAGCUGGCUUUGGACUGUUCUGGUCAGCAGAUAGGGGUGGACCUGUUUCUGCUCAGCUCCCAGUACUCGGACCUGGCUUCACUAGCAUGUGUGUCUAAAUACUCAGCGGGCAGCAUCUUCUACUACCCCUCCUUCCACCAUGUGCGUAACCCGGCCCAGCUGGACAAGUUCCGGAAGGAUCUUGAGCGAUACCUCACAAGGAAGAUUGGCUUUGAGGCCGUCAUGAGGAUACGCUGUACCAAAGGCUUGUCCAUCCACACGUUCCAUGGGAACUUCUUUGUGCGCUCAACCGACCUGCUGUCCCUGGCCAACGUCAACCCAGACUCAGGCUUCGCUGUGCAGAUGUCCAUCGAGGAGAGCUUGGCUGACACCUCCCUGGCCUGUUUCCAGGCUGCACUGCUGUACACCUCCAGCAAAGGGAAGAGACGGAUCAGGGUUCAUACACUGUGUCUGCCUGUGGUCAGCCAGCUCAGUGACGUGUAUGCUGGGGCUGACGUCCAGGCCAUCACCUGCCUGCUAGCCAACAUGGCCAUUGACCGGUCGAUAUCAUCGAGCCUGUCGGAUGCCCGGGACGCCCUGGUGAACGCAGUGGUCGACUCUCUGAGCGCCUACAAGAGCACCGUCUCUAACCUGCAGCAGUCUGGCCUCAUCGCCCCAGCGUCCUUGUGUCUCUUCCCCCUCUAUGUCUUGGCACUGCUCAAACAGAAAGCCCUGCGCACGGGCACCAGCACGCGGCUGGACGAGCGUGUCUUUGCCAUGUGCGAGUUUAAGACUCAGCCACUGCAGCAGGUCAUGCGUAUGGUCCACCCCAAUCUGUACCGCGUGGACGCCAUGUCCGACCAGGGGGCGCUCCACCUCAGCGACUGUGUAGUCCCGCAGCCCCAUCUUCUCCACCUCACGGCCGAGAAGCUGACCAGAGAAGGGGCAUUCCUCAUGGACUGUGGCAGUGUCUUUUACCUGUGGAUAGGAAAAUGCUGUAACCAAAUGUUUAUUCGGGAGGUGCUGGGAUGCCCGAACCAUGCUUCCAUACCCCCCAACAUGACCCACAUUCCUGAGCUGGAAAACCCUCAGUCUGAACGGCUGCGUGCAUUCCUCGCCUGGCUACAGGACUCGAGGACCUUCAGUUCAACUCUUCACGUCGUGAAGGAUGAUGCUUCAGGGAAGACCAGCUUUUUCCAGUACUUGGUAGAGGACCGGUCGGAAUCGGCCUUCUCCUACUACGAGUUCCUGCUCCACGUCCAGCAGCAGAUAUCCAAGUAGAAUACAGCUACCAGAAGGCUGUGGGCCCAGUGUACAACAACAAAAACAGUAGAGACCGUGGCACGUGCUGAAAAAGGAACCUCCCUCCCACUGACUGUAACGUAAUUGGACUAAGGAGGGAGAGCUCGGCCACCCUGGUUCUCUGAUGGGCGGUCCACCGUGCUCGGUCAGUGAGUGUGGGACGGGAGGCGUCAAGGGGAAAGACCAAAAACGAGGGAAAAUCCCACUGGCUAAAUAACGGUGACUUCGGAAUGUGAAGGAAUAAGCUGUCUGACUCACGGAUCAACCAGAGUGCUCUGAUCAAGCUGCUCCCCCCCACCAGCCUGCUCUCUUGGCCGCGGUCGUAGCUCCGUGUCGCAUCUCUACCCCGCGGCCUCUCCUCUGAUUUAAAUUUUUAUUUGCAUGUCGUGAUGUCUGAAUCAUGUUAUUUAUUUAUUUUAUUACUCAUGCUUUUCCCCAUACAGCCCUCCCCCUAGUUUAUGUCCUGUCGUUCUCAACCGACUCUCCCUCCUUGUUUUCCAUUGUGUACUUUGGAGCUGCAUCUGUCGUCAUUGUGUUUUGUGCUGCUAAACGGGCGAUCGGCUGCCACCUGCGUGACGGGUCGCUUGACAGCAGUGGCUGAGGACCGACCCCAGCCCUCACCCCAGCUGUUCAAACCCUGUGUCAUCAGGUGAAACUGAAUUCCCUGUAAACCACCCACCCCCUCUUGUUUUUUGAGCCACUAGCGGAAGUUGCUAUCCACUUUGUAACUAUUGAAAAUAUUUUGUGUGCGAUAAUUUAUGACCAGCUUAUUAAAUAAAGUCUAACAUUCACAUA